AUGGCUGAAUCACACAGAUGUAUGUGCUCUCGCUGAAGAUAUAUGGAAAGAGGAAGGACGAGAUGUUGAAGGGAGGGGGGUAUUUUCGAGCUGACUCGAUUGCUGGAGAAAGAAACAGGCCUGGGACCAAAAGCUUCAGGCAAGUAAGAAUCGAUAAGCUUUAUACCUGGAUUUCAUGUCGGGCGAAUAGACGAUUGAUUAGUCUGCCACUGGACCAUAUAGACCCCAUGCUUCAGGAACCAAGCCACGGAACAACCGUGGAUGAUUUUUUUUUUUUUUGAUUUUUUGGCUGCUUCUUUCUCCAAUCUCGAAAACCCCUUCAGUUUCAAAACAUGUGAAUGUCUAAACCUCAAGUACUCAAGAAAAACAGAUUUACUAACUGCUCAUUUUUUUAUAGUAUACGUUAAAGGUAAACACAUCUCCUACCAACGUUCCAAAAACGUCACCAACCCAAAGGUCUCCUUGAUCCAAAUUGAAGGUGUCGACUCACCACAAGAUGCCAAGUUCUACUUGGGCAAGAGAAUCGCUUACGUUUACAGAGCGGCAAAGGAAAUCAGAGGUUCCAAAAUCAGAGUCAUUUGGGGUAAAGUUGCUAGAACUCACGGUAACAACGGUUUGGUGAGAGCUAACUUCAAGAAAAACUUGCCACCAAAGACCUUUGGUGCUUCUGUUAGAGUCAUGUUGUACCCUUCAAACAUCUAA